AUGGAAGCAGCAAUUCCAACGACAACUCGUCAUGAGAAAGGGAGUACACCUACAAAACUGGAGGGAAAGUUUACUGCAAUGGUGGUGUGUUGGCUUCUUGGAAUUGGGUGUGCGUUUUCUUGGAACAGCAUGCUGACGAUUGAAGAUUACUAUGUUCAUUUGUUUCCAAAGUAUCACUCCAUGAGAGUCCUGACGCUCGUAUACCAACCAUUCGCCCUCGGAACACUCGCGAUUCUUGCAUAUCAUGAAGCCAAUAUAAACACCAGGAAACGAAAUCUAUUUGGAUACAUUCUCUUCUUCUUCAGUACUCUCGCUGUUCUACUUUUGGAUUUAGCAACAUCUGGUAAAGGAGGAAUGGGAAGUUUCAUCUGUGUGUGUGUGAUAAGUGCUGCCUUUGGAGUAGCCGAUGCUUAUGUGCAAGGUGGAAUGGUUGGAGACUUGUCAUUCAUGCUCCCCGAGUUCAUUCAAUCGUUUCUAGCGGGGCUUUCUGCAUCAGGAGCUCUUACCUCCACUUUGAGAUUGUUUACGAAAGGUGUUUUUGAUAAUUCACAAAACGGUUUACGAAAGGGAGCACUUUUAUUCUUCGCGCUAUGCACAAUCUUUGAGUUGCUUUGUGUACUUCUAUAUGCAUUCAUGUUCCCAAAGCUUCCAAUUAUAAAAUACUACCGAUCAAAGGCAGCUUCAGAAGGAUCUAAAACAGUUUCAGCUGAUCUUGUUGCCGGUGGAAUUUACUCGCAUUCUGGAGAGAUAGAAUCAAAUUCCAAAAAACUAGAACGAUUGAGCAUCAAGGAAUUGUUACAGGAAAAUAUUGAUUAUGCAAUCGAUAUGCUUUUGAUAUAUCUAUUAACACUUUCUAUUUUUCCUGGGUUCUUAUCCGAAGACACGGGAUCACAUAGCUUGGAAGAAUUAACCACCACUACCACCGGAAUGCACAGCCACCACCACCACCAUCGGAAUGAGCAACCAUCACCGGAAAUCUGCACAGCCACCACCUGUGUUUCCCUGAAAAAUAAUCACAAGCCACCUCCUUCACCAUCGCCACCCUCCUUUAUAACAGCUGGCAACCACCCCGUUCGAACACCACCUGUCACCGCUCCAUCAUUAAUAUCGUCGGAGGAUCCAACCUUUUGCUGGAGUGCAGAUCUGAACAGGAAAAUAGAAGCUUGGGGAUGA